UCCGGACGCCAUAUUGACCAAAGCAAAAUGGCAGAACAAGAGAAUAGUUGACAAAGUCUGCUGGUUUUCAUUGACAGAUGAUUUCUCACGGCCCGAUAAACCUGCCACAACAGCGCAUCAACGAAAAAAUCUGCUCCUGUGUUCAUGGUGGUUGCCACUCUUCUGAUUUACUAUGAUCAAGUACCUGCUGAUGGUCAACAAACAGGGGCAGACUCGCCUGUCUAAGUAUUAUGAGUCUGUGAACAUUCAGAAGAGGGCAGCUCUUGAAGCUGACGUGGUUAGGGGAUGUCUCUCUCGGAGGAAGGAAGAGUGUUCGUUUGUAGAGUAUAAGGACUACAAACUGGUGUAUCGACAAUAUGCAGCUCUGUUUAUUGUUGUUGGCAUAACUGAUAAUGAGAAUGAACUCUCAAUUUAUGAGCUUGUGCACAACUUUGUCGAAGUGUUAGACAAGUAUUUCAGUCGUGUGAGUGAACUGGAUAUCAUGUUCAAUUUGGAUAAAGUGCACAUUAUUUUAGAUGAAAUGAUCCUAAAUGGACACAUUGUGGAGACCAACAAGAACCGAAUUCUGGCACCAUUACUGGCCCUGGACAAGAUGACUGAAAGCUAACAACAUGCAAUGAUAUUUCAUUAAUAAAACUAAAAUGGUACCUGUUAAUCUUAAGCGGCUUCUUCCAUUCAUCCAAAAACAAAUUUGAUUGCAUAAAUGGAGACAAAGUUCCUCUAAAGAAUUUUCUAAUGCAUGAAAAUGCCAUGGUGUAAAAAGGCAACU